AUGUCGAAUGCCAAAUUGCAACUGCAUUAUAAUGAUGCGGCGAGAAUGUCGUAUUGUUCGUAUGAUGAAAAUCACCAUCAUCAUGGAGGUCAAAGUUCACAAUCGACAGCAACAACAACAGCAAAUGCCAAAUAUGAUCCCGAUGAAAAUCGUGGCAGAUGGGCAUCGAAAACAGAAUUUAUUCUAUCGUGUCUGGGAUAUGCUGUAGGUUUGGGCAAUGUAUGGCGUUUUCCAUACCUAUGUUAUCGCAGUGGUGGUGGUGCAUUCCUCAUUCCUUACCUUUUAAUGUUAUUCCUCUGUGGCAUUCCAUUGUUCUUUAUGGAAAUAAUAAUGGGACAAUUUUCUAGUCUGGGGUGUAUUGGCAUUUUUCGUUUGGCACCUUUGUUCAAAGGUGCCGGUUUUGCUAUUGUAGUUGUUAAUAUUAUCUGUACAACAUAUUAUUCAGUUAUAAUAUCAUAUCCGUUGAUGUUCCUAAAACAUAUAUUCUCAUCCAAAUUACCCUGGGAGUCAUGUGAAAAUUCGUGGAACACAAAUCAUUGUGUGGAAGUGACAGAGAUGGCAAAAUAUAAUUUUACAACACGUGGAGAAUUUAAAACAGCAGCAGAUGAAUUUUUCCAUUUAGAAAUAUUAAAAAUAUCGAAUGGUAUCUAUGAAAUUGGAACGAUUCAAUGGUCGUUAUUUGCUGCCCUGGUUUUGUCAUGGAUUAUGGUCUACGUAUGCAUUAUCAAGGGUAUUGAAACGGUUGGAAAAGUUGUUUACUUUACUGCCACAUUCCCAUUCAUUAUUUUAUUUAUAUUAUUUGUGCGUGGCGUGACACUGCCCGGUGCCAUGAAAGGUAUUCUAUUUUAUAUUAAACCGGAAUGGUCUCGUCUCAUGGACUUAAAGGUGUGGGCUGAUGCUGCCAUACAAAUAUUUUUCUCCCUGGGUCCUGGCUGGGGUGGCAUUGUGAACAUGGCCAGCUUUAAUCAUUUUCGUAAUAAUGCCAAAGGUGAUGCCAUCUUUAUACCGAUUAUAAAUUGUUCGACGAGUAUUUUUGCUGGAUUUGUGGUGUUUUCGGUAUUGGGAUUUUUAUCACAUCAAACGGGUAUACCUGUGGCAGAUGUGGCAACCUCUGGUCCAGGUUUAGCAUUUAUUACAUAUCCUCAGGCCAUAGCUAUGCUGCCAUUUUCCCAAGUAUGGGCUGGAUUAUUUUUUUGUAUGUUAUUCCUAUUGGGCUUGGAUAGUGUGUUUGUGCAAAUCGAAGCCAUCAUAUCAUCAGUAUUGGAUGAGAUACCCAAGGUUAGGCCUUACAAAUAUGCGGUGACCUUAGUUUCGUGUCUGAUAAUGUUUUCAAUGGCAAUACUGUUUGUAACAAAUGGUGGUAUGUACAUCUUGCAACUAUUGGAUUGGUAUUCUGCUUCAAUAUCGGUUAUAUUGAUUUGUAUACUGGAAGUAAUAAUGGCAUCCUGGAUUUAUGGUGUCGAUAAUUUUCUGGAUGAUAUUUAUUUUAUGAUUGGCAAGAAACCUGAGAAAAUAUGGCUCUAUUGUUGGAAAUAUGUUACGCCAGGUAUACUGGUGUUUAUUUUCUUCACCAGCAUUAUUUUUAAUCGUCCGGUUCGCUACAAUGAUAAAGUUUAUCCUGAAUGGGCCGUGGCUUUGGGCUGGUGCAGUUGUGCCAUAUCAAUUAUUUGCAUUCCAUUAUAUAUGCUGUGGACUCUGUUUCAUCGUCGAGGCAGUCUUAAGGAAAACUUCAUGGCUUCGUUGAAGGCGAAAUUUUGGCUGCCAGCUCAAGAAGAUUAUCGUGUGGCCUAUGCUGAAUUUAAGACCGCAAGAAAAUUAAUGGAUGAGCUAAGUAGUCGUAACUUUGAGAAAGUGGAAAUGCUAAGGAAGUCGUAG